CAAGGAGGGACAUAAAACCUGUCUGAUGGUCAUAUGGCCAAACCCCAUGAUCUUUAAUGAUGCCUAGAUUUUCAUUUCAACCUGUUUGUAGCCAGCUCUACAAUAUGCUUCAUUUUUUCAUCCUAAUGCUUAACAUUUCAAAGUGCAGCUCAGAUAAUGCAGACAUUGUGCCUCAGAAUCAUCUGAAGAUUGUUCAAGUUGGAGACAGUGUUAACUUCACAUGCAAUUUUCCAAGAGAGCAAAGAACCAGCACUGCUUGGGUCAAGCAAAGAGUUGGAGAGAAACCCCUUCCAAUUGCUUCAUCAUAUCAAGGUUUACCUGGCACAUUUGAAAAUGCCUUUGACCAACAUAAUCGCUAUUUUAUUGUAAAAGAUGAUAUCAGUUUUAAUUUGAGCAUCACAGACAUAGAAGAAUCAGACACUGCAACAUACUAUUGCAUUCAACAUUUUUUUAAGUUUACAAUCGGGGACGGAACUGACCUUAUUGUAAAAGAUGCACAACUGAACAUGCACUCUGACGAUCAGACAGCUGUGAUAGAUCCAGUGCAUCCAGAAGACUCUGCAGUGGCGCUGCAGUGCACUGUCCUCACUCAGAGCUGUGCAGGAGAACACAACGUCUACUGGUUCAGACGUGAAUCUGGAGAAUCCCCUCCAGGGAUUAUAUUCACUCAGGAGCGCAGGAACGCUCAAUGUGAGAGGAGCUCUGAUGUGAACUCUACUGCACAUAAAUGUAUCUACAGCCUACCCAAGGGGAACCUCAGUCACUCUGAUGCUGGGAUUUACUACUGCGCUGUGGCCGCAUGUGGACAGAUACUGUUUGGGGAUGCAAUAACAGUUGACUUACCAGACAAAUGCUUUCAGACACAUUGGAUUACAGCAGCAUUGAUUAUAGUAACUUUAUCUGUGAUCGUGAUUAUCAUUAUGGGUGCACAGUUGUACAAGUACCGGCAAAAAGAUGGGAUGCAAAACAGUCAGCUUACGGCUGACGACGCAGAUGCUUUGAAUUAUGCAGCUUUGAGCCUUCAACAAAAGCCCUCCACCUCUAGAAGACCCAGAGAAAGAAAAUCGCAAGACAAUUCACUAUAUGCACAUACUGUGUUGAGAAGGAAGAUAAACCUGUGA